UCCAAAUGAAAAAAAGCAUUGGUGGAAGUAAGGAUGUGUUGAAGUGUGUGUGGAAGCCAUUAAUGCCUUCUCUUUAUCCCAAUCUUCCAUGGCUUCUCUGGUUUGCCUUCCUCUCCCAAAGCCAAACAUCAUUAGGGCUUCUUCUUCUUCUGCAACUUCCCCUUCCACCGCCGAUGUCCUCAACGAAAAAUUUGGCCGCAAGGGCAUCCACUUCCACGACUCCAAUGGCAUUCCCGCCCUCGACCUCACCGUCCGCAACGGCAGCUCCUUACGCCUCCACAUUUCUGAUGCCCAUCUCACUUCCUACAAACCCAAAGUCUAUUGGAAGGACGACGGCUUUGAGGAAGUUCUCUUUACCACUCCCACCGCUAAAGGAGGGAUUGCUCUUGUGAUUGAUGAUGCUUCUGAUUCUUCUUCCAAAUCUUCUCUUCUUCCUUCCGAUUGGACUGUCAAAGAUGUCGAUUCCGACGCCAUUGAUGCUCUUCAGGUAGAGUUGAGCUGCAGUAGUAAGCAAAUGGAGAUUACUUACAUUGUCACUCUCUAUUCAGAAAGUAUGGCGACGGCUGUAAUCGUGAAGAACACGGGACUGAAGCCAUUGACGCUAAAGAGCGCGAUAUUGAGUCAUUUCAAGUUCAAGCGACGAGAUGGGGCAGCAAUUCAGGGGCUUCAGGGAUGCUCCUAUUGCUCUCACCCACCUCUAUCUUCCCCUUUUGAAGUACUGUCUCCAUCCGAAGCAAUGAAGGCCGAGGAACCCGAUUGGUUCUCGUUUGGCUCUGAGCCUCAAGGAAAAGCAGGCUCAUGGAGCCUCCAAGAUGUGCCUUUCACCAUGUUGAAGAACAAGUUCAGUAGAGUUUAUGCUGCCCCACCAGCAGAGAGAUUGAAGCCUGUAUAUCACACCACACCUUCAAAGUAUGAGACUCUUGAUCAGGGGAGAGAGCUAUUCUUCAGGGUGAUAAGGAUGGGGUUUGAAGACAUAUACAUAGCAAGCCCUGGUUCAUUAUCUAACAAGUUUGGGAAAGACUAUUUCAUAUGCACUGGCCCUGCUUCAAUGUUGGUUCCUGUCACAGUCAAACCUGGUGAACAAUGGAGGGGCGCCCAAGUAAUUGAGCAUGAUAACUUGUAAUGUAAUUAUUUCCUCUUCAAUUUUCAUAUUUGACCCAAAUUCAUUAUGAAAUGAACACGUGAUCAAGUACAAGUAGCAGGUAAUAUAUUUACAUGUGCUCCUCCAUUAUCGAGGACUUUUCAUGACUUUCUUUA